AUGUUGAUCGGUGUCGAUCUCGAUGAGAUCCAUGUUGAUAUCCCAUUUGUAGAGAAUGGCGAGGGUGGAUUCGGUAGAGAAGAUGAGAGGGAUGAUACGGUCGGCCUCGUCAGUAAUGAUGAUGGAAAGCAUGAAUUGGGGGAGGAAGAGGACGUUGGCAUCGAAGGGGACUCCGCUCAUCCCGCGGCAAGGGCCCAGCCAUCACCAUCAACUUUGCCAAGGGUUGGCACCAGUGGGCGCCCACAAGUAAUUAGACCCCGCGAGGCCGUCUAUUUAGGCCCCGCCAUCAUUACGGCUUGCGACACGCAAAACUCUUCUCGGAGCCCGAAGACACCAAUAGGGAUGGUAGAAGAGCGCCUCCACAUAGCCAUGCUCCCAUGGCUGGCCUUCGGCCACAUGAUCCCUUUCCUCCACCUCGCCGUCGCUUUGGCUACCGCCGGCCUCCGCGUCUCCUUCCUCUCCACCCCUCGAAACAUCCAACGCCUUCCCAAAAUACCCCCCCACCUAACCUCGCUCAUCACCUUCAUCCAGCUCCCCUUGCCCCGCGUCGACGGCCUCCCCGACCAAGCCGAGGCCACCGUUGACCUCCCCACCGAUGAGGUCCCGCUCCUGAAGAUCGCGUACGACCUCCUCCAGAACUCCGUCAAGAAAUUCCUCGCCGAGGAAUCGCCCGACUACGUCAUCCACGACUUCCUCCAGUACUGGGCCGCCGCCGCCGCGCGCGACAUGGGCGUGCAGAGCAUCUUCUUCUCCGUCUACUCGGCCGCCACCCUCGCCUUCUUCGGCCCGCCGGAGGCGUUGACGGAGGACGGCCGGAGGAAGCUUCGUCCGACUCCGGAGAGCCUGACGUCGCCGCCCGACUGGCUCCCCUCCGGCUCGACUGUGGCGUUCCGCCGCCGGGAGGCGGAGGUGUUCUACUCGGCCGCCUUCACCAUGAAUUCUUCGGGAAUCACCGAUAUCGACCGGUUCCGUUUGGUCGUUGAGUCAUGCACCGCCGUCGCCAUCCGGACCUGCCCCGAGUAUGAGGGCGAGUAUCUGGAAAUUGUCCGAAGGCUAUACCGGAAGCCAGUGAUCCCCGUCGGCCUGAUCUUACCGUCCCCACUGGCGGCCAGCGGUGAAGAGGGGGACGAUAGGUGGGCCCGGGUAAUCAGGUGGCUCGACGCCCAGACCCCGAUGUCUGUGGUGUUCGUCAGCUUUGGAAGCGAGUACAAGAUGGAGAGACGUGAACUCCAUGAGCUGGCCCAUGGCCUCGAGCUCGCCAACGUGCCUUUCUUGUGGGUCCUACGGAGGCCUUCUUGGUGUAAUGGCAGUGAUGAAGAGGCGCUUCCAGCUGGGUUCAUAGACCGGACCAAGGGCCGUGGGACUCUGUGCUUUGGUUGGGCUCCUCAGCUUGAGAUCUUGGCCCAUCCUUCCAUAGGGGGAUCUCUGUUUCACUCUGGAUGGGGAUCUAUUAUAGAGUCUCUUCGCCAUGGACAUGCAUUGGUAGUCCUGCCGUGUAUGGUUGAUCAGAGUCUUAACGCCAGGUUGUUAGUGGAGAAGGGCAUUGCAGUCGAGGUGGAGCGACAGGGUGAUGGUUCCUUCACUAGGGAUGGGAUCGUGAAGGCCUUGGAUAUGGCGAUGGUUUCUGGCCAAGGCGAGGAGUUGAGAACAAAGACGAGGAAGAUGGCAACUCUCUUUGCUGAUCAAGAGCUUGAUGACAAGUAUGUAAGGGAGUUUGUCGACUACCUCCUUAAGGCAGUUGACACCAACUAGUGAAUCAGGGACCUCACUUUCUUCCCCGGAAAGAAAAAAGGAUAAAUAAAUAAAAAGAUAGUGUGCCUGGUGCUGUUGCCACCUCGUCCACUCCAAAUUCUUCAUCCUUGUAUUGAAAUUAGAUGAGCAGAUGCGGUACAGCAUUGAUGGUUGCUAUCAGGAGAUGAAUAGAUCGUCCACAAGGAUGGAUAUAUCACAAAUGACAUAUAUUAUUUGAUGGCCA